AUGGUUGUUCAUAUUGUGCCAGGUGCAAUACCAAGUGAAAUUGGUAAUCUACAAAUCAUUGAGAUCUUUGAUAUCGGUUUCAACAACUUUACUGGUCCAAUUCCAUCUGAGAUGUUUAACAUCUCAACAGUACAAGUAAUUUCAAUGGUUUGCAAUAACUUUUCAGGCCAUCUUCCAUCAAAUGUAGGCUUCUUCCUUCCAAAUCUCCAACAACUUUUUCUUUGGGAAAAUCAACUAAGUGGAACAAUACCUAGCUCUAUCUCUAAUGCUUCACAACUCACUCUCUUAGACUUGAGCAACAACUCAUUCUCAGGCUUAAUUCCUAAAGCACUUGGUAAUUUAAGGUUCCUUGAGUGGCUCAACGUAGCAAACAAUAAUUUGACCAUUGAAUCUUCUACUCCAGAGUUCAACUUUUUCUCUUCUCUGUCAAAUUUGACAUAUCUAAAACAGUUAGAUUUGUCAAGUAAUCUACUGAAUAACAUCCUUUCCGAUUCCAUUGGAAAUCUCCCAACUUCUCUUGAAGGACUUUACAUAGAUCAUUGCAAUAUUAAGGGCAACAUUCCUAGAGAUAUAGGCAAUUUAAGCAACUUGAUAACUUUGUCUCUACGGUUCAAUGAAUUGGCUGGACCUAUUCCAACUACUGUGGGAAGAUUGCACAAGCUUCAAGGAUUGAGAGUUGAUAAUAAUAGACUAGAAGGUCUCAUCCCAUUUGAUCUUUGUCAUUUAGAGAGCUUGGUUGAGUUGUUCUUAGGUCAUAAUGAGCUUUCUGGACCUAUUCCUACAUGUGUAAGUAAUCUGACUUCUCUAAGAUAUCUUUACUUACACUUCAACGAAUUAACUUCUACGAUUCCCUUGAGUUUGUGGAGCCUCUCUUAUAUCUUAAUGGUCGACUUGUCAUCAAAUUCUCUAAAUGGCUCUCUCUCAUUAAAGAUUAGAAAUUUGAAGGUGUUGACAGUAUUAAAGUUAUCAAGAAAUCAACUAUCUGGUGAUAUCCCAACAACAAUUGGUGACCUCAAAGAUAUAGUUAAUCUUUCAUUGGCGGACAAUAGAUUAGAAGGCUCAAUUCCUGAAUCUUUUAGUGAACUGAUAAGUUUGGAAUUCUUGGAUCUUUCCAGUAACAAUUUAUCUGGAGAGAUUCCUAAGUCCUUAGAAGGACUUUCACAACUCAAAUAUCUAAAUGUCUCUUCAAAUAGACUGCAAGGAAAAAUUCCUGUAGGAGGACCAUUUGUACACUUCUUUGCUGCAUCAUUUAUGUCAAAUGAUGGACUUUGUGGUGCUCCCCGACUGCAAGUUCCCCCAUGUAAAGAAGGUGUUUCUCGACCCAAAAAUACCGCAGCAGCAUCUAUACUAAAGUAUGUAUUACCAACAAUUGGGUUAACAAUGCUUGUAGUUGCUUUUGUAUUAGAAUGGACAAGACGCCAAAAAAGGAAUGCAAAACUUCUGGUGGAGACAAACUCAUCACAACUAGUGACAUGGAAAAGAAUUUCCCAACAAGAAAUUUUUCAAGCAACAGAAGGGUUCAAUGCAAGCAACUUACUUGGUCAAGGGAGCGUUGGAUCAGUAUACCAAGGGACCCUUUCAGAUGGUAUGAUUGUUGCAAUAAAAGUUUUCAACUUGGUAGUAGAAGGGGCAUUCAAAAGUUUUGAUACUGAGUGUGGGGUACAACGCAACAUUCGUCAUCGGAAUCUUGUUAAAAUCAUCAGCACAUGUAGUAACAAUGACUUCAAAGCUUUUGUAUUGGAAUACAUGCCUAAUGGGAGCCUACAGAAAUGGUUGUAUUCUCAAGACUGUUGUUUGAGUAUCUUACAAAGACUAAAUAUAAUGAUCGAUGUCGCAUCAGCACUAGAAUACCUUCAUGAUGGUUAUUCAACACCUAUUGUUCAUUGUGAUCUGAAGCCCAGCAAUAUCUUAUUAGAUGAAGAUAUGGUCUCACAUGUUGCUGAUUUUGGAAUUGUCAAACUGUUAGGCGAUGGAGAUUCUAUGAUGCGAACCAUGACUCUCGCUACUAUUGGGUAUAUGGCACCAGAGUAUGGAUCGGAAGGAAUUGUUUCAACAAGUGGCGAUAUGUAUAGUUAUGGUAUUUUGCUUAUGGAAACUUUCACAAGAAAGAAACCUACAGAUGACAUGUUUGGUGGAGAAAUGAGCUUGAAGCGUUGGGUAGAGGAAUCUUUACCCCUUUCAGUAACUAACGUUGUUGAUGCCUAUUUGUUGAAAACUGAAAGAGAUUAUGCUUCUAUGGAGAAUUGUAUGUCAUCCAUAAUGAGAUUGGCGUUGCAGUGUUGUGAUGAGUUACAUGAGCAGAGGAUUAAUGCAAAAAGGAUUUUAAUCACACUCAACAAGAUCAAAUUGAAUUUUCUACAAGAUAUUGAUGGAAGCUAA